AUACACAAUAACAUUCAGGCCAAUCGCUACAAGCCAAAAUAUUUAUGUCUGUGUAUGCUGUUGCCUAGCCGUUCAUCCAAGCUAAUAUAUUCAUCUGUCAAUGCACAUGUACAUUCUAUCAUUUCACUUGAAACUGUCAAACCUUUGAUUUCUCCGAAAUAUGCAUUAAUAUUCCAAAACAGAAGUUUAUUGCGUUCACUUUUAUUAAAAGUGUGCAUUGGACUUGACAAGCUUGGGCAUAUCACAACAGUGCCGGUUCGCGGGAAAACAGCUAAUUAUCCUGUUGGACGGUUAACAGUUAUUGGGAGAUCAAGGUCUGAUAUUUUUGUUGGUGAAACUUAAACCGCCAAAACGAAGUACCCACAGGUUUACGCGGUGAAUCGUCACCAGGGUCAGGGGGCCAAGAAGAUGCCAAUUCUCACACGCGAUCACCUUGCAGCCAGGUUCCGACAGAACUGGAUGAACAAGUACCCCCUGGAUACCUGCAGCAAUGGUGGUAUCAACCUGGAUGACAGUCUCACAAGUCUCAACUGGCUGCAAAACCUUAACAUCAUGAAGAUAACCUCCCCCACUCCUCCCCCCAGUCCAGGACCAUGCAACAAUUACUUCAGUAUGGAUAAUAACAACAAGAACAUGAAAGUCAACCCCAAUCAUGUUCUCAAUGUUUCAUGUGCUCCCCCUCAGUGUAAAAUUGAGCCAAAAUUUCAUCUUGGAGAUCCAGCCCCUCCCUCAAGUAUCGGUGGAGAUUCUAUUGAUUACAAGACAAAUCCAUAUGUGAAACCACCAUACAGUUAUGCUACCUUGAUCUGUAUGGCAAUGAAAGAAACUAAGAAAAGCAAAAUAACCUUGUCAGCAAUUUAUAACUGGAUUACCGACAACUUUAUGUACUACAGACUAGCUGACCCAAGCUGGCAGAACUCCAUUCGUCACAACUUGUCCCUGAACAAGUGCUUUCAGAAAGUUCCCCGUCGCAAGGAUGAACCUGGGAAAGGUGGAUUCUGGAGAAUCAACCCAGAGUAUAAUGACAUGAUUGAAAAUGGAAUCUUUAAAAAGAGGAGAAACAGUCGAGACACACCCUGUCUUCCUCCAACAAAAAAGAUCAAACGUGAGGAGGAGGAGGAAUUUUCUAGCUGUUCAAAAGUUAAGAGCAAAGAGGGACAUGUUCAUUUUGGAAAUCAUGAAGAUCAGGACCAUCUAAAAGGUGAUUUUAACUGGACAUCUAUUUUGAAUCAAGAUAUAGAGAUUGGAGGUGUGAGAGUGAAAACAGAAGAUCUGUUAGAUUCUAACGACAGUUGUGAUUCAGGUCCCAUGGUAGCCAUGAGUCCGCCAUCUUCCGAGUGCAAUUCAGACGAUUUCACAAUAGAGGAUCUGUUCUCUCAAACCGAACUCUCCAACGAUCAGACCCCUAUUGAUUAUGUUACAAAUGAUCCUUUAGAUUUAACCAUCAAUGGACAACAUAUAGAGGUCCCCCAAUGGUGGGACCAGAGUUUAAAUCUGUCAGGACAUUUCAAGACGGAACAAUUAGACAGUGACCACAGAAGUGGGCUUAAUACCCCCAUUGCCCCCUCCCCAGCACCAGAGGAUCACACCGAUGGUGAACACCCCUGGGCCAUGAAUGGUUUUGAAGACAUAGGGGAUGCUUUUGAUGUAGAUAACUUGUUUGACCUUGAAAAUAUUCCUAGUCCAAAAAUAUAAAACAACACAAUGUUCCACCUGACAUCUCUUACCCAGUGGCCUCACUGCUGUAAAGUAUUGUAAAUUACUGUUUUUGAAUUUCAAUCAGACUUGGGGGUACAUUGUCUGUAUAAUGGUCAGUGUAGAGAUUUGCCAUAUACCAUUUAUCAUCUAUUUAUUGAGAAAACUGUAUAAAGUCCAUAACUUCAUUGUAAAGUGAAUGGAGUUUAUUCAUUGGUUUCUCCAGUCAUUUUAUCAAUCAUGUUGAUGUAGGAAAGGCAAUUAUACUUAACUGUUUGAAGUGUGAGUGGCAAGUUGAUUUGUGAUGGAGAGAACAAUAUUUUUGCUAAUCAUUUUCCCCUAGAUGUGGUGUAUAUACACAUUGUUUUAAUUUCCCCUUCCAAUUUUUCUAACCGCUCUGAGAAUUACCAAGAGAGGAUUUUUUUUUUUAUAAGCCCAUUAAGCAAUUUUUUUCUUUCGCUUUCUUGUAAAAGGUUGUCUUGAGUGGUGUUUGUAUAGAAAUUAAAUUCUGGAAAAUUAAAGUCCAUCUUUUGAAGAGGGGAGUAGGGCUCAAACAAUCUAUCAAAACCAUCCAUUUUUAGCUGAAAUCACUCAUAGGUGCAUUUGUUAGAUUUCUUUGUUAAUCUUUCAUUGUAAAAAAAAUUUAUUUAUUGAUUGUUAAUGUACAUUUUAAGUCCACUUUUGAAAAGUGUGUAUUGUCUGUGAUAUUUUCUGUGUUGGAUAGUUGCAGCAUUUUUCCUCCCUAAAAAUGCUUGACCUCCUUUCAUAAAAUUUCAUCUAAAAUACUGUAAGCAAAAAAAAAGAAAGAAUAUUUUUCAAAUGUCACUCGGUUAACUAUUUCAUUAUUAGUAGUAGUAUUUUCUUUGAUUUUCUGUGAAAGCAGGUCAAGAAAGUUGGACCUUCCAACCACCUUCAGUAUUAUUACUGGCUCACGAUGUGACAAGAGUGUCAGAAUUUAGAUUCAUAUAUGUAUGUAUUUUUUGAAGAAAAAACUGAUAGAAACAGAAAAUAAAGAAAAAUAUUUACAAUGACAAAAA